AUGUUCCUUUUCAUACGAACAGACCGGUACGCCGAAGGAACGUGGACCAGUAGCCAGGACAAACUAUUGCCCAACGUCUUUUUCCUCCUCUACGUGCGUUGCGUAUAUUUACCGUCGCCGGAUUUUUCCCGAGUUUGUUCCGUCCGAGGAGCGGAGGCGCGAAAUCCAGUAACCAGAGGUGCAAGAGCGGAGCAAUCAACCGACCAUUCAUUGGUAUUCUUGUUUCUUGCCAAUAGUGUCCUUGAUCGUCCUUUACACCCGCACCUCGCCAUCCUCCACAUCAUGCUCGGUUCCGAUCGAUUCGCCUUCGAAACGCCCAACGUUAUUGACCCGGGUGAGUUGCCUCCGUCCCGUCCUACCCGCGACCCGAACGACCACCGUGAUCGCCGAGGCUCCGCGCAUAGUCAUACGUUGUCUACCUCGUCUCCUUCUUCGAGCACCGACUCGUCCGUCGAAAAUGACGUCCUCCUCCCGGACGAGACCUAUCGCCAAGUCCGCGCCUCGCCGGCACGUCUUUUGCAAAGUAUUUCCGACCUCGAGCUGUGUCCGCAAACAGACGUGGAUGGAUACUACGGGGAUGGUCACGAUACAAGCGUACCCUAUGAUCCCUACGACGCCGAGUACGGCGAAAGUGGACGCAAUCACACCUACAACGAGAGCUACAAUCAUCAUCGCUCGUUCGCGAAUCAGUCCUCGGCCUCCCUACCGACGGUGGAAGAGGCCCGCAUGCACGCGUCAGCUCUGCUCGUAGAUAAACGCAAGGGAGAAUCUAAACCGCUCGCUCGUACAGUGCGAGUCGGUUCGUCUUCGUCACAACAUCUCGUGCGCAAACGAAUCCUAGCCUUGGCCAAAAGGUUUGGACUCGUCGCCGCGCUCAUCGCUAUUGGCAUCAUUUUAUCCGUGGCGUUAGUUAGUGCUAGGAAACCCCAAAACGGCGAGGGAGCCAACGAUGAAGUGGUAAUGGACCGGAGGGAAAGUAUUUUGGUCUUCUUGGGAGAAAAUCGCUACUCGGACGUCGAGGCUAUGCUGACUCCAGGUACACCACAGUAUCGAGCCGUUGAGUGGAUGGCCGAAGUCGAUAUGCUCCGCACCUCGGAAACCUACGCCGUUCUCUACAAUCUUGACGGUACACCGCAGGAAGUCACGGACUUGUCCAAUCGCUUUCUGCAACGCUACGUGCUCGUGCUAUUCUACUUUGCUACACAGAGUAGCACGGGAUGGGUGCAAACCUACAAUUUCUUGAUGCCCAUGGACGAAUGUGCCUGGAACGCACACGAACACGUGGCUGAUUUCCAAGAGGAAAAGUACGACGUGGGAGUUUCCUGUAACAGCAAUCUGCAAGUUAACCAAAUUUUUCUGCCGCAAGCCAAUCUGCAAGGAUCCCUGCCCACCGAACUUGGACUCUUAACGUCGAUUCGGUUCCUGGGCUUACCAAGGAAUCGAUUGAACGGUACGCUGCCGGAAACGAUGAGCAACAUGUGGAAUUUAUUGUACCUGGAUUUGAACUACAAUCUUUUAAGCGGUAAUCUACCUAUGUUUUUGGGUGACUUUCAAUAUCUCGAAGUCCUCGGAUUAUCCAAUAAUGAAUGGUUCGGACCACUCCCGGCCAGCCUCGGUAGUCUGCAAAGCCUCAAAACGUUGGCGAUUGACGACAACGUCUUUACAGGAUCGAUCGAUUUUAUCAAUUACCUGCCUAAUCUUGAAUUCUUCUACGCUGACAGCAAUUUAUUGGGGGGAUUAAUUGACGAUAAUUUCUUGUCCGGCUCAUCAAAACUAACGCAACUUGAUCUGAGUGGCAACGAGUUUCGAAGCAGUAGUUUCCCCGCCCACUUACUUCAGCAUCCCGCACUACAGAUCUUGGACCUUAGUAACAACAGGUUAAGUGGGCCGUUACCAACACAAGCACUUGACAAGAACAACGUGUUGCAAUUUUUGUCGCUGCGAGAAAAUAACUUGAGCGGUCCUUUACAAGCCACCACUUCCGGUACCAACGUAUCAGCAUCUGCCACCCACGGAUUGGGUACCUUACGGCGCCUUACUCACCUCGAUUUGGCGCAAAAUAGUCUGACUGGCGCGGUUCCUUACGACUGGCGGCAUCUCCAGAACUUGUCUUACUUGAGCUUAAGCCAAAAUUCGCUUACUCCGGCACCAAUCCCCAACUUUUUGGACGAAUUUACUAAUUUGCGCGAAUUGUCGCUGCAAGGUCUGAACAUGACCUUAGGUAUUCCUGGUUGGCUAGGUCGACUGUCCAAUCUGGAGUUGCUGGACUUGAGUUUCAAUGAUUUGGAAGGCUCCAUACCCAGAGACGUUUUUGAUUUGCCUUCCUUGACGUACCUAAUGCUCCAUCGAAAUCGACUAACAGGUAACAUUCCUCCUGAUCUUGUGGCAGCCGAAAAGCUCUUGGUAGUUACCUUACACAAGAACGAAAUGAACGCGGAUAUGAAUACGUUCUGUCGCGAGGCGAUAAAUAUUGGUAUUUUCGCCACCGACUGUGUGGAUGAUUCAAACUGCACGGAACCCUGCUGUAUGGAUUGUUGCGACGCUAAUGACAAUCUUUGUUACGAGGAUGAAUUGGCGGACUUUUUGAAAACGUUUGAGGGUAUGUGGGAGUUUCAAUAUUCACGGGCUUCAUACAGUAUGGAUCCGGUUAUCCUAGCCGAAUCCAACGUUACACAGUCCGCCACCAACUCUACUCCGUAA